UAUUUCAUUAAUUUACCGAAACCCAUAUGCUGCUAAACUAAUACUAAAGAAGAUGGAAGAUUUCAAAGAUCGACUGAGACGAGAAACUGAAUCACUUUUUAAAACGAUUUUCCCGUCCAAAUGCGAGAAGUUCCAUAAAUUGGUUUAUGAUCCAAUGUUGGGACCAGAUGCAAUGCUGGCUAUUAAUAUUACCGUAAAUGAAAGCUGUAAAGCACUGAGAGAAGAAAUAAAACAACGGGAGGAAGAAAGUAAAAAGAUAAAAGAUCGGUUUUACACCCCAGCUCAAUCGGACAGCGAACUUGACGAUUCCAGCGAAAGAUGUCGAAAAUUGAAGAGGAAGUUGAAACAAGAUCGAGACGACGACGAAGAAAAAGAAGAUAUUGAUCUUAGCAAUAUGGAAUGUAACAAACAUAUAAGUAAGAUAAUUGACGUUCUCAAACCGGAAGUUAGAGAGUUAAUUGAAAGUUGCAAUACUGUGAAAACCUGGGUGCAACUUCAGAUACCUGAGAUUCAAGAUGGAAAUAAUUUUGGAGUCGAAGUUCAGGAAGAAAUCUUAGAAGAAGUGAGAAAAGUUGAGGACGAUUGCAACACAUUUUUGAAAACUAUUUCUGUAUACCAUUUGACUCGAGCAGAAAUGGUUUCCAAAUUUAUAAAAUUUCCAAGUGUCGAUGAUUACGUUUGUUCGUUGGAACAGCUUGAUGCAAAAGAGUUCGUGACAUUGAGAUUGAUUGCCCUAGAACUCCGCAACUAUUGUCUCGGAUUACUGGAUCUUUUUGAAAAAAAUAUGGAGAAGAUUUUAACGCCGAGGGGAAUAAAUAACGUCCAUAUGUUGGUUUAUUGAUGCAUUCGCUUGAAAACUAAUACAGAGUAUUUAAAAUAA